AUUUGACAGCUGCGUCGGCGAUUGUGAUUUGCAAUUUUUGUAGUUUGGGAUUAUAUUAAAAAUUAAAUUUGGAAUUUACACGGCAUAAAGCGCAGAUUCAAACGCAGUUGCGAUGUCCAACCCACAGGCCAAUGUCACCGCUUACCUUGCGGCCCAGAAAAAGACUACAAACAAAGAUCUCGCCGCAGAGUGGACGCUCAUUGAAGAGCUGUACAAUGAAAAACUAUGGAAUGAGCUGACCAUCAAACUGGUGUCCUUCGUGCGCCACGAGUCUUUGCAGGACGAAACUGCGCUGCUGCAGCUCUACCAGAACUUCCUGUCCACCUUCGAGACCAAAAUAAACCCCUAUGGGCUUAUCCAGAUCCUCGAAGUGGUGGUGGAUAACAUUGGCGACAAGAAGGAGGCCAUCGACUUUCUGGAGAAAAUGAAGGACAAGGUCAAGAUCUGCGAUGAAGCUGUGUGGUAUCUGCAGGUGAUGCAGGGCAAUCUUUACCUCAGCAACCUCAACGAUCUGAAUGCCACCAAGAAGAUCAUUGAGGAACUGCGUGAUGUUCUGGAGGAGGCGGGUAAUGUGACCCCCGUGCACGGCAAAUACUAUAUGCUGGCAUCCCAGUAUUAUCGUCGUGUAGGCAAGCACAGCGAUUACUACCGAUGUGGUCUGCAGUUCCUGGGAUGCUCCUUAGAUGAAUACCCCCGUGAUCAAUGGGCGCAACAGGCCUUCUUUUUGGGUUUGGCUGCCCUUCUAGGCGAUGGUGUCUACAACAUUGGUGAAUUGCUAGCACAUCCCAUCCUGGAGUCGUUGAAAGGCACGGAAAAUGAAUGGCUUAUGGAGCUUCUCAAAGCAUUUAACACCGGUGACAUUAACAAAUUCAAUGACAUGAAGAAAAUCUGGUCAAAGAUACCAGAUCUGGCUGCCCAGGAAGUCAAACUGCGACAGAAGAUCUCCCUUCUGUGUCUUAUGGAGAUGACUUUCAAGCGCACAGCCAUCGAGCGGGCCAUCUCCUUCACCGACAUUGCACAAGAAACCAAACUGCCCGCCAAAGAAGUGGAGCUGCUCAUCAUGAAAGCUCUGGCUUUGGACCUCGUACGAGGGGAGAUUGACCAAGUGGCCGGAGUAGUAAACAUGUCGUGGGUGCAACCACGCGUCCUAAAUCGUAACCAGAUUGUCGGCAUGGCCAGCACUCUGGACACCUGGAUGGGCGCCAUCACGAAUAUGGAGAAGCUGAUGGAGAAUCGUGCCGCCGAAAUUCUCACCAAUUAGUUUAAGUUUUGCUUGAUCUUGAUGGUCCCACAAUAUUUUCCAUUUGUGCGAAUGCUUUUGUAUUUAAUUAAAACUCAAAAAUUGUA